AAAUUGAAGGCAGCGUUUGGAAAUAAAAUAUAGUUAGCAGUGAAGUCGGGCGGUAAAGGAAAUUCCAUAUCUGUAAAUUUUCUCGUUUUCUCAAACAGAAAACAGAGCGAACUGUUGUUGUAUAAUUCCCUUUCACCUGCUGCUGUUGCGACGGAGGAUUUUUGAGCAACAACCAUAACAAACCCUUCCCUCUGCAAAACCAAUCCUCUUUUGCUUUUUCUCUCUAAGUUCUGAUAUUGGGGAUUCUGUAUGCAUAAUAGCCUCAUGACUUCUUCUGUGCAUGAUCUUUCAGGCCACCUAGGGGGGUCUUGUACUUACUAGAUGAUUUGAUGCUCUCUAUUAGGCAGAUAAUAGUGAGACUAAUGAGCAGCAGAAACACUCAGAAUCUCAGAUUCAGUCUCUUUCUCCUGCAACUGCACCAGUGCACCCUGGGAUGUCAACCCCAAAUGUCCAGUAUGCAACAAGCCUGCAACUUGGUUCAGGGCACACAAUGGCAGCAGCAGCCUACCCUUACCCAGAUCCCUACUAUAGAAGCAUUUUUGCUCCCUAUGACGCUCAGCCAUACCCUCCACAGCCCUAUGGUGGACAACCAAUGGUCCAUCUUCAGUUAAUGGGAAUUCAGCAAGCUGGAGUUCCUUUGCCAUCAGAUGCAGUUGAGGAACCUGUAUUUGUCAAUGCAAAACAAUAUCAUGGGAUCUUGAGACGUCGACAAUCCCGUGCAAAAGCUGAAUCAGAAAACAAAGCCAUCAAGUCUCGGAAGCCAUACUUGCAUGAAUCUCGACAUUUGCAUGCCUUGAGAAGAGCUAGAGGAUUGGGGGGUCGGUUUCUCAAUUCCAAGAAGAAUGAGAAUCAACAAGAGAAUGGAGAUUCACCAGGUGACAAAUCACAAUCCAAUAUCAAUCUUAACUCUGAUAAAAAUGAUAUUGCUUCCUCAGAUAGCAAGUCUUGAUAUACGGUGAGUUGGUGGUGCAUGCACAGGGCCUACAAAUCUGAUAUAGCCAUCUACCAAUAGUCAGUAUUGCUUCACUCUUGUUCUUCACUGACAAGCCGUUAGUAUGUAUAGGUUUUUCUAGUAGUUGGUUUGUAGGGAGGUUGCAAAGAUGAAGCAGGCAGUGUAAUUAAGGGGCAAGGAGAUAGUUGUCUUUGCAACAGUAGUUUUAUUUAUAGUUUUUUGUUUUUUCUCUUUUUCCAUGAGGGGAGUGAUGGUUAGGUUUCAUAUGCAGGCAUUUCUUUGCUUUCAAGAAUGGAGUCAAGCUAGAUAUUUAUUUAACAAAAAGUUGGAGUCGUGUUAAUUGGUUGAGCUGAUUAUGUUUCAUUAGCUCAACAAAGAUUAGGUUGGCUGUUUCUAUGUAGUAUUAGCCUUUUGAUUACUUAUUAUUGUCAACUUCUCAAAUAAGAUGGAUGGUUUGAUUAAUACUAGUAGUGCUUUGCUA